GGCGCUCUGAAUGUCCAGACUCGGCCGCGGCGAGGGGACCUGGAAGGGGCGGGGUGGCCUGCGACUGCAGCCUAAUUACAAGCCCGGGAGUUGCGGCUCUCUGGACUUUGGCAUUGAAACGCAYGCUUGAAAAAGAAAAGCCGGGCCUGGCGGUCAGUGGGGCUGGCGGGGCCGAGGCGGAGGCGCCGCUCUGAAGCCCGGGGCCGGGCGGGAGAGCCGGGCCGCCUCGGAGCCCGCGGAACAUGGCGGSGCCCGCAUCGCGGGGCGGCAGCCUCUCGGGCCUGCUGCCCGCGCAGACCUCGCUCGAGUACGCGCUGCUGGACGCCGUCACCCAGCAGGAGAAGGACGACCUGGUCUACCAGUAUCUGCAGAAGGUGGACGGCUGGGAGCAGGACCUCUCGGUGCCCGAGUUCCCGGAAGGGUUAGAAUGGCUGAACACAGAGGAGCCUAUUUCUGUCUACAAGGAUCUCUGUGGGAAAGUGGUCAUCCUUGAUUUCUUCACCUACUGCUGCAUAAACUGUAUUCACCUGUUGCCUGAUCUCCAUGCUCUGGAACACAUGCACUCCGAUAAAGAUGGUCUUCUGAUUGUUGGUGUCCACUCAGCUAAGUUUCCAAAUGAAAAAGUCCUGGACAACAUUAAGAGUGCUGUUCUCCGAUACAACAUCACCCACCCUGUGGUCAAUGAUGCAGAUGCCUGCCUUUGGCAAGAGCUAGAAGUUUCUUGCUGGCCCACUCUGGUCAUCCUUGGGCCCCGCGGAAAUAUGUUAUUUUCUUUGAUUGGAGAGGGACACAAAGAUAAAUUAUUUUUAUACACUUCAAUAGCUUUAAAAUAUUACAAAGAAAGGGGACAAAUCAGAGAUAAUAAAAUUGGAAUAAAGCUCUAUAAAGAUUCUUUGCCACCUUCACCAUUGCUGUUUCCUGGCAAAAUAACAGAGGACCAUGCUACUAAUAGACUGGCAGUAGCAGAUACUGGACAUCAUAGAAUUUUGGUCAUUUGGAAGAAUGGACAAAUUCAGUACAGUAUUGGAGGACCUAACCCUGGAAGAAAAGAUGGAAUAUUUUCAGAGGCAACUUUUAACUCCCCACAGGGUGUAGUCAUGAAGAAUAAUGUCAUAUACGUGGCAGACACUGAAAACCACCUCAUAAGGAAGAUUGACCUAGAGGCUGAGAAGGUGAGCACUGUAGCUGGCAUUGGAAUUCAGGGAACAGACAGAGAAGGAGGAGCAGCAGGAGAGCAGCAACCCAUUAGCUCCCCAUGGGAUGUCGCUUUGGGAACAUCAGGUUCAGAGGUCCAGAGAGAUGACAUCCUAUGGAUAGCCAUGGCAGGGACCCAUCAGAUAUGGGCACUCCUGCUGGACUCUGGCAAACUACCGAAGAAAAAUGAGCUAAAAAAAGGAACCUGCCUUCGGUUUGCUGGAAGUGGAAAUGAGGAAAAUCGAAACAAUGCGUAUCCUCACAAGGYGGGCUUUGCCCAACCUUCAGGUCUUUCUCUGGCCUCUGAAGAUCCCUGGAGCUGCCUAUUUGUAGCAGAUAGCGAGAGCAGUACAGUGAGAACCGUUUCGCUGAAAGAUGGAGCAGUGAAGCACCUCGUAGGAGGAGAAAGAGAUCCCAUGAAUUUAUUUGCUUUUGGUGAUGUCGAUGGAGUAGGCCUCAGUGCAAAGCUUCAACACCCACUUGGAGUAGCGUGGGAUAAAAAGAGAAAUUUGCUUUAUGUGGCAGAUUCCUAUAAUCACAAGAUUAAAGUUGUGGAUCCAAAAACAAAAAGCUGUACAACAUUAGCAGGAACCGGAGACACAAAUGAUGUUUUCAGUUCCAGUUUUACUGAGUCAGCUUUUAAUGAGCCAGGAGGCUUGUGUGUUGGAGAGAACUGUCAGUUGUUGUAUGUCGCAGAUACCAAUAAUCACCAAAUUAAAGUGAUGGACUUAGAAACAAGAACAGUUUCUGUGCUCCCUGUCCUCAGAUCUGAAAAUGCCGUGGUAGAUGGCCCAUUCCUAGUGGAAAAACAGAAGACGGUACCCAAACUGCCUAAAUCUGCCCCGAGCAUUGGGCUUUCCACAGUAACUGCUUGUCCUGGGCAGACGCUGCAGUUCAAGCUCAGACUGGACCUCCCGUCAGGAGCAAAGCUAACUGAAGGAGUAUCCAGUUGCUGGUUUCUAACAGCUGAAGGCAAUGAGUGGCUUCUUCAAGGACAGAUACCAUCUGGAGACAUAGAGAACAUUUCCAACCAACCAACGAUUUCACUGCAAAUUCCUGGCAAUUGCUUAUCACUUACAGCAGUUGUAUCUAUCAGCGUGUUUCUCUAUUACUGUAGUGCAGACAGCAGUGCUUGCAUGAUGAAGGGAAUUUUGUUCAGGCAGCCUUUAGAGAUAACUUACACACAACCAGGGUACAUAGAUCCAGUAGAGCUCAGGUAUGUAUUCUAGCAAGCCAGCUAGCAGCACUUAGUCACAAGCCCUGUCCUCCAUUCCUUUCAUUACAGAAAAAAUUUUAUUUCUGCUUCUGGAUUCAAGACGCCCAUUGCUCAGUUCUAGCAACUAAAAUUAAAAUAAAGCUAUGCUUAUUUAUUAUUGUACACAAAUUCAUUCUGCUUUUAUAUUAGCUAAGUCAUUGACCAUCAUUUAGACAAAGAUAUGAAAUCUCUGCAGCUAUUUGGCAAAAGACUGAAGACUACACUCUAAAGAAUAUUAUAAGAUAAUUUGCAGUGCUGAUAUAAUCAUACCAAGUAUUUUAACUAACUUUUUCUAACUUUAUUAAUAGAAAUAAACACAUUUGCAUAUGUAAAUUUUAUAGUAACUUUAGAUAGACCUAAGCUCCAGUCUACAUGUUUGUGUAAGGAUACCUGCCAUUUAAGGCAUAAGGUUUACUUUAAGCCAAAAAAGAAAAAAGUAUAUAUUAUUUUCUUUACAGUAGAUGCUUAGAGCAUGUGGUGGUUACAUAUAUCUUUAUUCCCUUCUGUGAUUUUCUCAGCUGAAAUAUUUUUAAAAAGAGAGUUUUGAUCUAUUUUUAUUAUAAAUUAUUUGUUGUUUUAACACAGCAUUAUUAAUGCCUUAUAACUUUAUACAGAAAAAGUUGAACAUAUAGGCCUGUUCCUUAACUGUUUUUUGGUUUGGUUUGGUUUUUGAAUGAACACAUUAUCACUAGAUAAUGAAUGGGUCCCAGAAAUAGUAUAACUUUCAAGGAGAAGGGACUUAGGACACAUUACUGUCUGUGAUAAAAAAUUUAUUGUGACAGCUGAAUCUGAUAUAAAUGGGUAUGUAUGUUGUUUCAGAAAUUUAUAUUUUACUUGUAAGCUUUAAAUGCAGAUUUGUUGGUUUUGGGGUUUUGAUUCCCAUAUUUAAAAUUUAAAUUUUGAUUGUUGAUCAUGAUGUUUUUUAAGAUCACAUUUAAGUCUUCAUAUUGAAAUUUUCAAUGUGAAGUACUUUUGUGUAAUUCACAGGUAUAGUAUAUCUUAACUACUUUUUAAAAUAUUAGAGCCAAAACAUAUACUGUUUUGUUGGUUUUUGGUUUUUUGAACUCCAAAAAAAAAUAGCUACUGAGAAUACUGGAGAUUUUUAGAAAAAAUUACCGUUAUCACAAUUUAUCUUAUAACUAUCUAAAAACUUACUCUUGUUUUUCCAAAAGUAGAUUCAACAUGUUUGUGAUUUAAACAGCUUACAAGAUCUUAAAAACCUCAGGUGGACCAUGUUUAUUUAUUUAAUAAAUAUUUAUGAACAAUAUGGAAUAAUAUGCUUCCCCUCCUUAUAUUUUUAAACAAUAUGACAUAAUAUGCUUCCCCUCCUUUAAAAACAAUGCUAAAUUUGAAGUGUAAUCUUUUAAACACAUUGUCUGCCCAUUUAUGUAUAUUUUGGGAAAUACAGUUUUGAAACAUAGUAUUUACUUGUUUCAGAAGGUUGGUGAAAUCUCUUAAGAGAAUGUAUAGAUCAUGACUUUGAUUAGUUAAUAGCCUACAAAAACUACUUUUACAGAAAAAUAUAAAAUAAAAAAGAAUUCUGUUUAAAAUUGUAUGUAAUUACCUCGUUAAACCUUUUCCCUCCACAAACAACCAAAACAUAAUUUUCUCUUUUAUGGAGAAUAGACCUUAUUACUUUUUAAUGUCAUUGACUUAUCAUACUUCUCAUUUCCACUUGGACAGGAUGAGAAUAUUUUGGCUCAUUUCCUGUAUAAGGACAUAAAUAGUCUCACUCUCUAAAAGAAAUAGAGUUUUAACUUGCUAAUGUAGAAAUAACUGAUGACUUAUUUUUCAGUAUAAUACCCAGAAUAUGUUUAUAUAUUUUUGUGUACAUUAAAAAUUCAAAACUACUUUUUAAGCUUUCCCUUUACUUGCCUAGGUAGAGUUUUGGAUUAGUUUUAAGCAAAUACUUUUCUUGAUUUUCAGAGUACUCUUUUAUUGAACAUUUUUAUUCUUACCCACUGCCAGUCUGCAUUGUUUUAUACACUAAAAAUUUUAUUUAUAAUGGAUUAGUAUGAUUUUGAAUAAAUCACACUAAAGCAAUAUAAAUGUGAUUCUAGAAUUUAUAACUAACAUAAACCUCUUAUAUAAGAGUAGGCACUAUAAAGUUUAUUUUUAAAACUUCUUGAUCCAUGUCUGCCUUCUGUUUUUCGUUAGGGCUCUUAUUUUUUUACUUUUGCUUUUCUGUUGCACAAGUUAUGUCCAGUGGGUUUCAAAAGAGUUAAAGUAAGUUUCAGUUAAGUCACCUUAAUUAAAAUGCUAGUAAGAUAACAUUACACACAUUUUGACAUAAUGCCUGGAUUUUUACCCUGAAUUAUAUAUUUUUUUUCUCCUUGCUGUGAUAUCAUUUUACAAAUAGUGAGAUUUUUUAAAAAAAUUUAUACUCAGGAUUAAUAUGAUCCCUGGAAAGAAUUUUGCUUAUCUUGAGUAUUCUAUCUCAAACAAAUAUUUAACCUAUUCACAAGAGAAAACCUUGUGUUUAAUCACCUAUAAGUGUAACUUUGGCAAAGUUCAAAGACUAUGAAAAACAAUUUUAUCCCUAACUGUCUAAUAAUGUAUUUAGAGUAUUAUCAGGUCUUCAAAAAGCUACAGUAAGCUUAAUAUAUAGGUCUUAAUGCAGCCAAAAACUAUAUAAUAUGUGUGGAUGAAUGUGUGUGUAUGUGUACAUGGAUAUGAAGAUUAGUUCAAGAAGUUCUCACAUUUCUUUUAUGGCCAGUCUACUUUCGAGCUAAUACCCCUGAGAUAAGUUAUUCUUUACUUGUUUUUCCAAAGUUGGAAAAUUGGGGAAGAUAAUAAAAAUAUGUACCUAUAGCAUAAUAAUUUUUUUUAGCAUUUAGUAAAUAAUGAAACUGCUACUUAAAGGCUUAGUUAAUAAUAAUGAUAAGUUGACCACAGACACACAUGGCUUGACAUUUUCUUUGCAACUGCAAAUUUACAGGAAAAUCUUUAUCUACCAACUAUUUGUUGUGUUAGUAUUCUCCAUAGAGUUGGGGUUGAAGAAGAGAAAGUUCUAUAAUAAAGCAUAUCAUUGUUUUCGAAACAGUACUGUAGUUAUAAAGAUGCAUGCCUACAGUCAUAUUAAAACUUUAAAAAGAUAUUCUGGACCCAUGAAUAAUCCACUUGCUUCAGAGAAGGUCCAGACACCCUGAACCAUACUCCAACAGCACGUGCCUAACAACUUGCACCAGGAUACGUGUUUUAACCCGAAGUUUCACUCUGAUGGUGCUUACAGGAUCUUCAAAGUGCUUUAAUAGAUACUGCCUUAAUUGAGCUUCAAAAUAACCUUAUAAACUAGACAGGAAGAUUAUUGUUUCCUUUGUGCAGAUGAGGGGACAGCUUUGAGAUCAGAAAGCUCCCAAAAUGACAUUGAUACCUAGAGCAGGGCUGGGUGUCCACAGUUGCUAGGUGAUGUGGGAUGACGAGGGAGGAGAGUGAAUGGUAGAUAUUUUGUCCUGGCUUAGGUCUCCUAAUUCCUGGCUCUGCUACACUAGGGUAUAAGGUUAAAAAGCCGAGAUGCAGAACACUUACUUCUGUGAACACUUUCUUAGGCCUUCAACUAGGUAGUAAGCAUUUCCCAGUGCUUCUUCAAACGCUUUGUACAGUAACUCAGGAUCGCCUUAAGAGGGAAGGACCAGAAGCUGAGAUAGGGGUGAGCAGUUAUACCAGCAGAGUCAAGGUCACACAUUCAGGAAGUGGCAUCUUUCCAGGCUCUAUGUAGUAAUUUGUCAAUCCAGAGAACCCAGUACUCUUAAUGAUUAUUUUUGAAGUUUAAAUCCAUUUAAUUGCAUGAUUUUUUGUUAUAAACUAUUAUUCAGGCCUUAAAAUGGUCUGAAUAAUUGUUUCCCCAAAGAUUUUUAUAUACGACUCUUCUUUAAUCCACAAAUUUUCUUGGCAGAUGCGUGUAUUAAAGAAAUCCCAGUGCUGGUCCCACCUGUGUGGCUUCAGUUGGUCUGCAGACAGUAAUGAAGACCAUGGCCGCAAGAGUUAACAAUUCUUAGCACAGGACUGUUUCAAACCCUGAUAAGAUCAUUUGUAUUUUUAAGAAAAUUUUGUUUCCUUAGCAAAUUAGCUCUAGUAAUGUAAAGUCUAGUGUUUUCUUGCUUCGUAAAUACUGGUAUGCAGACCGUUCCACAAUGACACAAAUACAUGUAAUUCAAUUUCAGUAAAGUUUUUGCCAGGGUCAGCCUAUGAUUUCAGCAUUAGAUGCUAUUAAAAGAAAUGAAGCAAAGUGCUAGCAGUGAUUAUCUGCCAGUGAUUCUGAUUAAUGAUCAUUCUUAUACAGAAUGCAGUCAUCUUUUCACUGUUAAAUGGCUUGCUUAAUAAAUACUAACAGUAGCAUGCACUAAGGAAUUUAUUAAUUUUAGUAUAAAAUCCCAUUCCUGAAAUCUAUAAGGUGAUAUAUGUCCAUUUAAGAAAGUGAUGAAUGUUGACAUAUUUUAAAAGUGGAAUUUACCAUUAAUCACCAAGAUUGCUUUUUCCACCUGUGGCACAUAGUUUAUGUGAAUGAAGAAUUAGCACUAAUCUUAAAUCACUGUAUUGUCCCAAAUAAGUAAAAGUUUGCUUUUCGUUCAUUUCUUUGCAAUAGGUUAAUAUAAAGAAUAGUACUUUAAGUGAGAGGCACGAGUCAUCUAUGUACAUUCCACAGCCGACAAGCCCUGGCCCUUGCACAUAUUCAACCUGCAGUUUAGCCUGGCCUCCUUUGGCAGAGUCUGCAUACAGAAGAAUGGAGGAGGCCCUACUCGGCUUUUUGACACAGCCCUUCCUUUUCUUAGUGUGCUGGUUUGGUUUAAUCAUUUUCAAAGGUUAGAGUUGUAAAGUUAAAAUACUAGCCACGUGUCAUGGACCAUUUGCCUAGAUAGAGUUAGUUGUUGUUUUGGUGUCCUUCCCUGGCCACUCAAGAGGACCAAGGGAUGUUUUGUUCUGUUGAAAGCCUCAGGACCAAAAGCAGAGUAUUGCAGACAUCUCCAAGUAUUCCUCCCCCUGGACCAUCCACCUUUCAUUAAAAAGCACUAAAUAAGCACAAAUGAGUACUCAACAGUCUUGUACCAAAAAGCAUCCUUGUAACUGUCCAGAAGUGGUAAGGAUUCCUUCCUCURUCAGUCUUGGUUAAGAAACACAGGGUUAGGCAACAUUGUCAGAUUUUUAAUGUUAAAUACUUGAACAAACACAAUUUACCCCUUUUUAAUUUUAAUGUGUUUGGUUACAGGUUUCCAUUUGAAAUAAGUGAAGGGAGAACUCAGUGCUGAGAAGUAGAGAAAAAAAAUCAGCCUUCAGAUUUAAGCAGACCAGUUUAAGCAAAAUUUUUGUUAUUCUUUCUUUACGUAGUUUGUGCAAUGCUCAUGAAAAAUAUGUUGAGAUAAAUAGGACAAAACAUUAGUUAAUAAAUUAUGUUUCUUAAGGGUAAAAACAGACAAGUUCCUGACUCCACCAUGUAACUGUCUUCCACUUUUAAAAUUUCAUAGUCAUUAUUCUUAAUCCCACUGGGAGGGAACACCAGCCGAUUUGUGUUGGGAUGGAGCUGCGUGUGACACGUUGUGCUGUAUCCAUGCCUGUGAACCGUCGUCAUUAGCAUCAUCUGGAAAACAGAAACCACCAUUCCCCUGCGCACUACCUCCCGCUCCUUAGAAACCACAGAGUUUGUGUAGAAGUUUCAGGGAGGAACUGUGGUCAGGUCAGUAACCAUAGAUAGGGAAGAAUGAGUUUCUUGUGGGGGGAUUUUUUUCCUCCCCUUAAAUUCCUAUUAUCAGUUUUCAAAGUAGGGGAGCAAUACCCUUUGUGACUUGAAAUUAAUUUCACUGUCAUUUGAUCUAUAUGUUCUAAUUAUACUUCCCAUAGGUUAAAAAAAAAUUUUUAAAUCUCCCUCUUAGGAUAAUUGAGAGCCAUUUUAGGAUCACUGUCAUUACUUUACAUGUGGUUU